AUGAUAAUACAUGGAAGGGCUGUGAUGAAAUAUUGAAAUGUACUGUCUUUCUGGGCAUAAUGUGCAGCAACAUAAGUGCUCAAUACAUUUUCUACCAUAUCAUUUAACCCAAUGAUGAGAGGAAGUGCGAUAAGCAGGAAUAGCUUUUGCUGUUUUUGUGCCCUGAACUAUGCUCUGUUCUUUAUUUUCUGUUUGCUCUUCUUCCCUUUCAGCACUGCGAUCGACACAAUUACUCCAAACCAGAGUGUCACUGAUGGAGAAACCCUUGUUUCUGGUCAAAAAGCCUUUGUGUUGGGAUUCUUCAGUCCUGAUGAAGGGUCUCCAAAUAAGCGUUACUUGGGCAUAUGGUUCUAUGGAAUUCAGCCAUGGACAGUUGUUUGGGUUGCCAACAGAGACAAACCAGUUCUGGAUAAUCAUGGAGUUUUUGUUAUGAGAAAUAAUGGAGAGCUCCAAGUUAUGGAUGGGAAAGGAAUAAUUCUCUGGUCUUCAAAUAUAACUGCAAAAUCAACAAGGGUUUUACCAGCUAAUGCAACACUCAUGGAUAAUGGGAACUUAGUUCUGCAACGAGGUAAGGAUAUCCUAUGGGAAAGUUUCUUGGAAGAAAGUAAUACAUUUCUUCUGGGAAUGACUAUGGAAGACAAAAUUCUCAGAUCUUGGAAGAGCGACAGCGAUCCAGCCCCUGGAGAUUUUGCUUUUGGGGUAAAUAAAGGAUGGAACCAGUUUAGGAUAUAUAAAGGUUCUUCAGAUCUCUACUGGGAGAGUGGUUGGUCACAGAAUUCAAUGAAUUUCAACGAGAUGCCUAAUUAUUUGCUCAGCAUCAUGUUCAAAGUUCAAAAUUUGACUCUAAAGACUGCCAGACUUGUGAUGAAUUCAUCUGGCCAAAUAGAGUUCCAGAUAUGGGAUAAGGAUUUGAGUUGGUGGUACUCACGUUGGAAAGGACCAGUAGAUGAUUGCAGCGGGUAUCAGGUCUGCGGGGACUAUGGCGUCUGUAAUAACAUUCGAAACGAGCAGAAAUGCAAAUGCUUAGAAGGGUUUGUGCCAAACUUGAAGGAACAGUGGGAAUCCGGAAACUUCUCUGGAGGGUGCAGGAGGAAAGCACCUGAACUCUGCAUGAGGUAGAAUGCC